AUGUGGUAUUUCAGCCUUAUAUUGGGUGAACAAUAUAAUAAAAAAUUAUCUUCUUCCUUUAUUUUUAUAUUUCCUGUUUUUACUUUUCAUUUUCUUCUUACUUUCUUUUCUCUUUUCUCUCCUUUCUUUUCUUCUUCCUUUUCUCCUAUUCUUUUCUUUUUUUUGAUGGUUUUACUCUUUCUUUUACCUUUUAUUUUCCCUCUUCUUUCCUAUUUCUCUUUCUUUUACUUUUAUUCUUUUCUCUCUCUCUCUCUCUCUCUUUUUUCUUUUACUUUUUAUUUUCCUCAUAUUUCUUUCCCUCUUCUUUCCUAUUUCUCUUUUUUUUACUUUUUAUUCUUUUACUUUCUCUCUCUCUUUUUUUUUUCUUUUUUACUUUUAUUUUCCUCAUAUUUCUUUCCUCUUUCCUUUCCUCUUUUUUACUUUUUUUUUAUUCUUUUCUCUCUCUCUCUCUUUUUUUUCUUUUACUUUUUAUUUUCCUCAUAUUUCUUUCCCUCUUCUUUCCUAUUUCUCUUUCUUUUACUUUUAUUCUUUUCUCUCUCUCUCUCUCUCUUUUUUUUCUUUUACUUUUUAUUUUCCUCAUAUUUCUUUCCCUCUUCUUUCCUAUUUCUCUUUCUUUUUACUUUUUAUUUUUUCUCUCUCUCUUUCUUUUUUUUUUUAAUUUUUAUUUGCCUCAUUUUCUUUCUUUCCCUCUUCUUUCCUAUUUCUCUUUCUUUUACUUUUGCUCUUUUCUCUCUCUCUCUCUCUCUUUUUUACUUUUAUCUUUCUUUUCUCAUGUCUCUCCUUCUGUUUCACUUUUGCAUUUAUUUUCCUCUUCUAUUGCUUUUAUCCUCUUUUCCUCUUUUAUUUCUUAUUUCCAUUCUUCAGCACUUUCUCUCUCUCUCUCUCUCUCUCUCUGUUUCUUUUAUGCUUUUACUUUCUUGUCUCUCUUUUCUCAUCUCUCCUUUCAAUAAAAAUCCUUCAAAUUUAUUACCUUCCACCAUCCUCAAGCCCUUCCACCAUCCUGAAGGGCUUCCAUCAUCUUCAAGCCCUUCCACCAUCCUGAAGGCCUUCCAUCAUCCUGAAGCCCUUCCAACAUCCUCGAGGUCUUCCACCAUCCUCGAGGCCUUGUACCAUCCUCAAGGCCUUCCAUCAUCCUCAAGUCCUUCUAACGCCCUCAAGCCCUUCCAUCAUCCAUCAAGCCCUUCCACCAUCCUCAUCCCUUCCACCAUCCUCGAGGCCUUGUACCAUCCUCAAGGCCCUCCACCAUCCUGA